GGGCGGGGCUUCCUCGAUCCCGCGGUGCUCCGCGGCACCAUCUUGUUCUUCCGGUGCUGGUCCUACUCUUCCGGUCGCGAGCAGCCGGGAUAGAGGGCGGUCGCGGCGGUCGCUAGGGCAGCAGUGGCAGGUCCCCACUGGCUGUUGGUCCCCGGCCUGGCCCGUACCUGGGGCUCCCGAUCCGCCGGGCUCGAGGCGCUGCGAGCUGAGCCCUGACGUCACGCUACGGUUCCUGCCGCCCCGGGCGUUUUCUCGCAAAAUGUUGGCUACCAGGGCGCUUAGCCUCAUUGGCAGGAGAGCCAUUUCCACCUCUGUGUGUGUUCGAGCACAUGGGAGUGUUGUGAAGAGUGAAGACUAUGCUCUCCCUAUGUAUAUGGAUCGGCGUGACUACCCCUUGCCUGAUGUGGCCCAUGUCAAGCUGCUGUCUGCCAGCCAGAAGGCCUUGAAGGAGAAGGAGAAGGCAGACUGGAGCAGCUUGUCCAGGGAUGAGAAAGUCCAAUUGUACCGCAUCCAGUUUAAUGAGAGCUUUGCUGAGAUGAACAGGAGCACCAAUGAGUGGAAGACAGUCGUGGGCCUGGCCAUGUUCUUCAUCGGCUUCACUGCGCUGGUUCUCAUUUGGGAGAAAAGCUAUGUGUAUGGCCCCAUCCCUCAUACCUUUGAUCGUGACUGGGUGGCCAUGCAGACCAAGCGGAUGCUGGACAUGAAGGCCAACCCCAUUCAGGGCUUCUCUGCCAAGUGGGACUACGACAAGAAUGAGUGGAAGAAGUGAGACCUUGCUGCUUGCCAGCUCCCUCCUCUCGGCAUGCUGGAAGCUGUGGUGUCCAAAGGCCCAUGCUAAUAAAUGGCCAGUUUACGUGA